AAUGUUUUGAUCCUACAACAAAAAAGAUGUUUGUAACUAUGAACACUAGUUUUGUUGAGAAUCAGCCCUUUUUUAGUACUCAUCUUCAGGGGGAGAAUUCAAGUGAAGAUGGUAACAGUGUAUUGCAUAUCCAUGAAAAUCUUGAAUUUCUUGACAUUAAUCUAGAUGCACAUCAUACUAAAGACUUAGAUGCAUCAGAAAAUGGUCUAGAAAUAGAAGAAAAUGCAAUAAAUAUAACUGAAACAAGGAAAGAAAAUGAACUGCAGACAAGUAAAUUUUUUGGCAAGGUUUAUGAAAGGAGAGUUCCAAAUCAAAGAAUAGAGGACAUCUCUGAUCCUGAAACUGCUCAUGAAUCUGACUCAUUGACAGAAAAUGGAAAAGGUAAUAAUUUCAGUAAUCUUGAUUUACCAAUUGCUCUCAGAAAGGAGAAAAGGUCAUGUGUCAAAUAUCCUAUUUCAAACCAUGUUUCCUAUUCUAGAUUAUCCUCUACAUUUGCAACCUUUUCUUCUAUUGUCUCUUCUAUUUCUAUCCCAUCAACCAUACAGGAAGCUCUAUCUAAACCCGAGUGGAAGAAAGCUGUUUUGGAAGAGAUGGAUGCUCUUGAAAAGAAUCAGACAUGGAAGAUUGUAGAGCUACCUAAAAACAAGCCCACAGUUGGAUGUAGAUGGAUUUUCACUCCUAAGUUCAAGGCAGAUGGCACUCUUGAGAGGUAUAAGGCAAGAUUAGUUGCCAAAGGUUAUACACAAACCUAUGGCAUAGACU